GCUAUUUGACGUGCGGCUCGCGGAAGGCGAAGGUUUUUGUGUUGCUAGUCGGGCUGGCGGCUGUGGCGGUGGCGGCGGCGGCGGCGGCGGUGGAGGAGGGGAGGAGGCGCAGCGACUCUGCACCGCGAUCGGCGCUGCUGAGAGAGCCCACCCGCCCCGGGAGCUCGCCUCCCCGGUGCUCCCCCUCCCUCCCCGCCCCCCCAGCGGCGCUGCCUCCUCCAAAUGAGCGAUUCGCCCGCUGGAUCUAACCCAAGGACACCCGAAAGCAGCGGCAGCGGCAGCGGCGGCGGCGGGAAGAGGCCGGCGGUGCCGGCGGCGGUGUCCCUCUUGCCCCCGGCGGACCCCCUGCGCCAGGCGAACCGACUCCCUAUCAGGGUCCUGAAGAUGCUGAGCGCUCACACCGGUCACCUCCUGCACCCGGAGUACCUGCAGCCGCUGUCCUCCACUCCUGUCAGCCCCAUUGAGCUGGACGCCAAGAAGAGUCCUUUGGCUCUGCUGGCCCAGACCUGCUCGCAGAUCGGCAAGCCGGACCCGCCGCCCUCCUCCAAGCUCAACUCUGUGGCGGCCGCGGCCAACGGGCUGGGAGCGGAGAAGGACCCUGGCCGCUCUGCCCCGGGCGCCACCUCGGCGUCAGCAGCCCUCAAGCAGCUGGGGGACUCCCCUGCCGAAGACAAGUCCAGCUUCAAGCCCUACUCCAAGGGCUCGGGUGGCGGCGACUCCCGCAAAGACAGCGGCUCGUCUUCUGUGUCGUCCACCUCCUCAUCGUCCUCCUCGUCCCCAGGAGACAAGGCGGGCUUCAGGGUCCCCAGCGCUGCCUGCCCGCCCUUUCCCCCGCAUGGAGCGCCAGCGUCCGGGUCGUCGUCCUCGUCCUCGCCUGGCGGCUCCCGCGGCGGCUCCCCGCACCACUCUGACUGCAAGAACGGCGGCGGGGGUGGCGGCGGGGAGCUGGACAAGAAAGACCAGGAGCCCAAGCCCAGCCCGGAGCCCGCGGCCGUGAGCCGCAGCGGCGGCGGCGAGCCGGGCGCCCACGGUGGCACAGAGGCUGGGGCCUCCGGUCGCAAGUCGGAGCCGCCCUCGGCUCUGGUGGGGGCUGGCCACGUGGCGCCUGUGUCACCCUACAAGCCGGGUCACUCGGUGUUCCCUUUGCCGCCCUCCAGCAUCGGCUACCAUGGCUCUAUCGUGGGCGCCUACGCUGGCUACCCGUCUCAAUUCGUGCCUGGCCUGGAUCCUAGCAAGUCUGGCCUUGUGGGAGGCCAGCUGUCCGGAGGACUGGGCCUGCCGCCGGGCAAGCCCCCCAGCUCCAGCCCGCUCACGGGGGCCUCCCCGCCCUCCUUCCUGCAGGGAUUGUGCCGCGACCCAUACUGCCUGGGAGGUUACCACAGCGCCUCGCACCUCGGUGGCUCCAGCUGCUCCACUUGCAGCGCGCACGACCCGGCCGGGCCUAGCCUGAAGACGGGGGGCUACCCGCUGGUGUACCCCGGGCACCCGCUACAGCCCGCCGCCCUCUCGUCCAGCGCCGCCCAGGCUGCGCUGCCUGGCCACCCGCUCUACACCUACGGCUUCAUGCUUCAGAACGAGCCCCUACCGCACAGCUGCAACUGGGUGGCGGCCAGCGGGCCGUGCGACAAGCGCUUCGCCACCUCGGAGGAGCUGCUUAGCCACCUGCGGACUCACACGGCCCUGCCGGGCGCAGAGAAACUUCUGGCCGCCUACCCUGGGGCCUCGGGCCUGGGCAGCGCUGCUGCAGCUGCGGCGGCCGCAGCCUCCUGCCACCUACACCUCCCCCCGCCCGCCGCCCCCGGCAGCCCCGGGUCGCUGUCAUUGCGGAGUCCACACACUUUGGGGCUAAGCCGGUACCACCCCUAUGGCAAGAGCCACUUAUCCACAGCUGGGGGCCUGGCUGUGCCGUCGCUGCCCACAGCCGGACCCUACUACUCGCCGUACGCGCUGUACGGACAGAGACUCGCCUCAGCCUCGGCGCUCGGAUACCAGUAACUACAGUCCUCCUCCGCCCUGUCCCCACUUCCCCUACCGCUGUCGCCGCUGCAACCUCCACUACUGCUUGUCCCCGCCGGGAUUCCCCGCCCAGACCCUCCCCACCGGACUGUAUUUAUUUACUGUAAUGUUAGCUUACAAGCUGGGAAUAUAAGUGCAUUAACGGCCCUCAUGAGGCAAUGGUAUGCAAAAAGUCUGUGUUUUCCCAAAUAAUAAUAUUAAUCACACAAAUAACUACAUGAUCCCCGCCCCUCUUCCUUUCUUUUUCUUUUUCCUUUUCUUAGGCGUAAGUUUUAAAUGUGUAUUCUUUCUCUCUUUCUUUUUUUUUCCCCACUGGUUUGGUUUUAGGGAGAGGAGGAGAGAAGGGCACUUGGCCUCUUCUGUAUUCUAAUUUCUGCUCCCUGGGGAGUUUCUUGCAUGAGUCUUAACUGUUCAAACUACAGUUCUCCCUUCUCUCUUUCCUCUCAUUCCUUCUUGUUUCUUUCCAUUCGAGGUUCUGUUUUAUCCUUUGUACAAGUAACAGGUUUUAUUUUUGUGUGUAGCAUAUUUGGGGUGUGGAGGGGGCUGCUAAGGUGGCAGGAGGUCCUGAGCUACUGACGGGGAACUCUGCUCUGCGGACUCCUCCCUACCGACUCUCUCCUCUUAGGUUCCUGGGUCAGGGACAUGCUCCCCCCCCCCCAAGAAAAAAAUUAGAGCCUUGCUCUCCUACCUUGCUCUGAGCACAGAGAGCCUGGACCCCAACAGGCUCUCCCUGUAGAGGGGCCCAGAUGGCCUCCGCCAGAGCCUUUCCGUCCGUCCUUCCCGCUGGUGGGCGACCGUGGGGCUCACCCUACUCAAGUAAAAGUCGUAGAAGGCCCUGCUGGCCUGAAACUUUGCUCCUUGUAUUUUGCGAAGUGCUUUAUUGUUUUUCUCUCCCUAAUUGGGGCAAUGACCCUCCCCUGGCGGAGGGGCGGACAGGGUCAGUGAUUCUAGCUAGAUCCCCCCCAAAGCAGACCCCAAAGCCACGUCAGCUGACGUCACAACCUUGUUAGUGCGGCUGGGGGAAGGCUGAGGAGUCGGAGCGCAGGGAUCACAGCGGCCCCCCACCCUCCCCGCCUGACCCAGCAGAGCCGCCAAAGUCGGCCCUGGGCCUCCUAGGCUCCCCAGCGACUGGGCUGGAAGACUCGGCCCCUGGGUCUUCUCCCCACAGCGCCCUCCCCCGGUGUUAUGCAGCAGCGUGGGGACUGCGGGGCCGUUCUGGAUAAAUAGAGAUCUCCCUUGGUAAGACUUAUUUUGUUAAUAAAUGGAAUACUUGGCUAUAUUCA